AUGGUGAACGGCAAUUAUGUAUUGUAUGGCGACCGACCGUGCUCUGAGUCCGAAAUUAUUGAUGAUCACGUCCAUAUGCGGACCACCGAAAGAAAACCCAAGAGAAAGGCAAACAGAACUGCUAACGAGCUGCAGUACUCCCUUAACUUAGCGCAACUGGACAACGAGACGGAUUCUGUCAAGUACGAAAAGAGAAUUAAGGAACCCAGGCUUCUGCGUUAUGUGCCAACGACCGAUGUGGAAGAACACUUCGUAACGGAAAAAUUUGAAACGUACGAUUUAAAACCAACACAAGAACCACCCAGACGGUACGCGUUUACGAAAAAACCUAAAAACCCAAGUGAUGGUUCUGUCAAUUACGCUUACUCAAGAUCGAGUAGCGGCUGCAGUUCCCCUAAUGGGAAUCUACCAACUAUAUCCGAACACGGAGAGCAAUACGGCACUUAUCGGGUUAGAGCUAUCCAAACCCCGACUGAUGACGAAGUAGCCAAUACGUAUGAGACAAAAUUAGACAAAUACUUCUCUAGGCCUCGGGAUGUGAAGACGUUCGUAGCAAAGGGCUCACACCCGGAUAGCUUGUACAGAGUACCGGCAGGUGGCAGCGUGAACGCCAGCAAGGUUGUUCGUGUUCUGCGCAUACUACGAUGGCCCAUAGCUCUAUUCACUGUGUGCGUCGCCCUCGCUAUUUUCGUCUACUUCCUUAUGCCUGAUAAUCUUUCUUCAGGGUUCGAUGUUGUGAAUGCGACAAACUGGGAAGAGAAUAAUGCAAACGCUCAAUCCCGUAGUAACCCCGACAAGCCCAGCCGCAAAUCACCAGAACACGUCGAACAGGCAACAAAAGGCACUUUACGUACGAAGCCACAGGAAAUCGAUUUCUACAACCCAGUAAAUGAAAAAAGCGUUGAUUUUCCAUCGUUAAUCGACGCGAUCACAGAAAAGAGUGAAAAAAUAAAAAUACCUAUCCCACCAGUUUUCCCCACACAUAUAACUCCUGAAGUGCAAUAUGGUAACGAAAAAGCUGACACUGAAAAGUUAAGAACACCUAAAUUAUUUGAAAAUUCAGAUACGAAAUUCGACGACUCUACUUUGAAACCACACAUAACUCAAAGUCCAGAGAAACCUCUUGCCAUAUACUUCGAUGAGGGAAAAGUAGUUGCUACUACAACAGAGACUAUAACGCGAGCAGAGACCAACAACGAUGUUUUGCAUUACGAUGAAAAACAGACAACGAAGGAAGCCGAAGAGGAAACAAAUAAAGGUUAUUCACCCGUUUAUAAAGAUUCUUCUUUAUAUAUACGAAAAGGCGAUAGUAAUUUCAAGCAACAAUCAAUUGAACCUGAAUUGGCACCAGAAAUCCACAAUUACUACAUCCUCAAUCCUGCUGUACAUCCGAACAAUCGUUUCACUUCGGGUCACUCAAAACUAUUCGGCAUUUCGAUAGAGGACGCGGAAAAUAUGAAGUCGACAACUCAGAGCUCACUGUAUAACACCCGGGUUUCUCCUACACUACCAACAUGGCGUGACAGGAUAGAUAGCACCACUAAAAACUAUCCCUUAAAUGUGAAUCUAGAUGUUACUCAAUGUCGUUCGACCCGACUGGCUCUAUGUAGAGGCGUACUUCCCUAUGACUUGGCGGGACCUGCUAUCACUCUGGAUGGUGUGGACGUCACUAAACUGCUGCCGCAGAUCGAGUACUUGGUGUCGACUAAUUGCAGCGAUCGUGUCGCACAGUUCUUCUGCGCUCUUCUAGAGCCGGAAUGCAGCCCCGCGCCGUAUUUACCGAAGAUGCCAUGUCACAACUUUUGCCGAGCCGUGGCAGAGAGUUGCGAGGGUUCGAUUCCCCGUGAGUUGGGUAACGUGUUCAGUUGCACGCGUUAUCCUACGAGCGGUUGCGCAUCAGCGCGGUCACCGUGCAGUGAACGGGAAUUGGCGUGCGGUGAUUCGACCUGCGUGCCCCGGCAUUGGGCCUGCGACGGCUCGCCCGACUGUCCAGCCGCUGAGGACGAGACGCACUGCUCUGUAUGUGCACGAAACGAGUUCCGCUGCAGUAACGGUGGUUGUAUCGGCACGCGCUGGUUGUGCGAUGGCUACUCGGACUGCCCCGAUGGCGAAGACGAGGCCGAACACACGUGCGAGCACCGGCUGCGAGAGGCCGCGGACGAUCCCGAGCCCGGCGAGGAGUCCGCCGGCUCGGCGCCCGCACUGGCAGUGCGCCGUCCCAACCGCGUUCCCGACGUCUCUAUACACCGAACUGGAGAAGGUGAAAACAGCAAAGAGCUACUAAUUACCAGUGAUAGCAAUAAUGGCUUGACACGUAAUUUUACUCGUCGACCUUUGCCCUCACGACUGACACCUUACAGCCGCCCAAUUAUCCACGACUCUAAAUCCGUCACAAAUGAUAAAAUGGAUUCAACAAAUAAAAUGAGUGGGAGAAGAGGAACGCAAAAUAGAUCAGGCAGUUCCAAGCGUACGUCAGUAAACAAGAUGACAAGUAAAAGCCAUACUAAAGAAAUGUCCGGCGUAUCGAGCCCAAUGGUAACAACUCAUCUUGAUAAAUCUAUAGACAAUCUUGAGAGGGUUAUAGAUGGAGCCGCAAUGUUAAAAAAAGCAGAAACCGCAGCACAGGAAGAGAUCGGCGAAUCCUCUGAAGGUAGAAUGGACACAGUUGAAGAGGGUUCAAGUAGAGGGGCGUCGCCUACAGGGCAGGGCUCGCUGAGCGCGCACGCCUCGCCCUGCCCCAGCGGCGAGCUGCGCUGCGUCGACGGCAGAUGUAUAACGUUAGCACAACUGUGUGAUGGAACUAUUGACUGCUCAGAUCACGCCGAUGAAGAUAAUUGCUACACGUGA